GAGUUAGGUUGGUUUAGACUUCAAUAAGCAUCAUUGAUCACGCGGCGUUUGUCAAUUAUUCCGUCUCAGUACAUUGAUUCCGUUUUUAAAGAUCUCUCACUCAAUCCCAAGUAAAAUGCAAACAAUAAUAAUUUCUUCUCCACUUGUAUCUCAUCGUCUCUCCCUUGCCCUUCCUGUCCCUCGCAGCCCUCUCAUCAACUACCACCACGGUGCUCCUCCUUCGAUCCGCCUCUCAAGUCACCGUUUCACCAACUCCCUCCGCCUCUUCUCCUCCGCCGCAGCAGCAGCAGCAGCGAGUCGGGACAGUGAAAUGGCGACUGAAGAUGUGCAAGAUCCGAGAAUCGCCAAGAUCGCUGCUUCCAUUAGAGUCAUCCCCGACUUCCCUAAACCAGGGAUCAUGUUUCAGGACAUAACGACGCUUCUUCUUGACACUGAGGCCUUCAAGGAUACCAUUGCUUUGUUUGUUGAUAGAUACAAAGGCAAAGACAUAUCUGUUGUUGCAGGAGUUGAAGCUAGAGGUUUCAUUUUUGGCCCUCCUAUUGCUUUGGCUAUUGGUGCCAAAUUUGUUCCCAUGAGGAAGCCCAAGAAGCUACCUGGGAAGGUUAUUUCGGAGGAGUAUUCGUUGGAGUAUGGAACAGAUAAGAUUGAGAUGCAUGUAGGUGCAGUAGAGCCUGGUGAACGUGCUAUUAUUAUAGAUGAUCUCAUCGCCACUGGUGGGACUCUAGCUGCUGCAAUCCGACUACUUGAGCGAGUAGGCGUGAAGAUUGUUGAGUGUGCUUGCGUAAUUGAGUUACCAGAGCUUAAGGGAAAGGAGAAAUUAGGAGAGACGCCGCUAUUUGUUCUUGUAAGCUCGGCGUAACAAGAAACCUAAAGGGGAAAAUUAUUGGAUCAAGUGUUGAUUCUAUUUUUCAUGUAUGGUGAGACAUUUUACUUGGGAUUUGAUCCAUGUUGUUUCAAACUUAUCAUAAUUGGCUCAGACUAGAAAAUGGCAUUUGAAUGUCAGGAUUCGAUUGCAGUUACGGUUGUUCCCAGCAAUAAAAACCCCAAUUAAUAAGGUGUUAUGGGUUUUAAUUUUAUAUAGAAUCAAGUUUGUA